GAUUCGCUUCGCUCCGAACCGAGAGGCCCAGACAGAUGGGGAGGCGUCGCGGCGGCGGCGGCGGCGGCGGUGGCGGCGGCCGCGGAGGCGGAAGAGGGCGUGGGCGAGAUGAGGAAGACGACCUCCAUCUGCACAAGGCUGCGAGGUCUGGUGAUUCGGCCGCGGCGGAGUCGCUGUGCGAGUCCAACCCUCUCGCCGUCAACUCAAGGGACCGCCUCUCCCGCACACCACUCCACUUGGCUGCAUGGGCUGGGCAUGUUGAGGUUGUGAGAUGCCUUUGCAAGCACAGAGCUGACGUAGGAGCUGCAGCAAUGGAUGACACCGCGGCAAUUCAUUUUGCCUCCCAGAAAGGCCAUAUAGAAGUUGUCCGCGAGCUGCUGACUGCUGGGGCCACCGUGAAAGCGAAGAACAGGAAAGGCUUCACGGCGCUGCAUUUCGCUGCGCAGAACUCCCACCUGGAUCUUGUGAAGUACCUUGUGAAGAAAGGUGUCGACGUCACAGCAAAGACGAAAGGCGGGCAGACAGCUCUGCAUGUCGCGGAGAAUGAUGAUGUGCGUGCUUUCCUGAAAGAGUGCGAGCAGUCCUUGAAGAAGGGGGCCGAGCUACCAUCGGAGAAGAAGGAUGAUUCUGCUCAGGACGAUGGUGGCGGCAAGUCUUCACGUGAGGGUAUGAAAGAUGGGGAUGAUGCAGGCCAGGGUGAGAAGAGGAAAAGCGAGGGGGUUACUGCAUCGAGUUCGCCGCAAGUGAAGAAGGCGAAGGUUUCCCUUGGUCACCUUGUUGGUGAAAAUGACGUGGAUGAGGAGGAAGAGGACUGAAGUUCAUUGAACGGCCUUACCUUUAGGAUCCAAGAGAAGUGCAAUUCGAUGGUGUCACCUUGUAUGUUUUGUUAUCCUUAGUCUGUACGGCAAUCUGGGAUGUAAAAACAAGUGCAAGUGCAAGUUAAGUCUCGUGUAUUGGAUGAAUAGAAAUUCUAA